UGUCACAUGCUCAUUGUUUGGUCUCGCUAUCUCAGUGUGUUAUCUCAAGCCACUGUAGCACACUGGUGAAUGUUGUGUCAUAUUUUUUCAAUAGGAUUGCCCAUGUGAUGUUAUAUCAUGUGAUGGAAUUUGUGAGGAUAUCUACAGUAGUGGACUGAGCACUACAUAACAUACAACAUGGAAACAGAACCGCUCCUGCCAAAAAGGGGAGGAUUCUCCUGAAUCUGGAGAUCGGAAAUCUCAUGUGAAGAAUCUCCUCUUUGGAAAUAUGAUAUUAUUCAUGUUGGUUACAGGGGGAAUGAUGUACAUGCAAGUGAUGAGCCAGUAUGUCUACAAACGGGUGACAGAGGACUUGUUUCGUAAUCAAACUCUGGCGGGAAAAGGCCCAAUGAAUCAAACAUGUUACCUGAACACGUCAAACCCAGACUACAUCCUUCAGGAGAAGGCACAGCAGAUCGCCGCAGACAAACAAAUGCAGUUCACCAUUGUAAAAAGUAGUCUAGCCAUCGUCAUUAACAUUAUGCUUGGUGCCUACUCAGACUCUGUUGGUCGUAAGCUCCUCUUUGCAGCACCUCUGACUGGUCAGUUUUUGAAAUUCGGAAUUUCAUCAGUCAUUAUGUACUGGAACUUGGAUAUCAAUUUGUUUUUUGUAGCAGAAGGUAUAGGCGGAAUAACAGGAGGCUAUUUCGCUUUUCUGAUUGCAUCGUAUGCCUAUGCUGCUGACAACACCCCAGCAACAGGUGCGCGAACCAUGGGCAUAGCCUCGUGGAGUUCUUUUGAGAACAUAGGAGCUGCUGCCUCAGCCACAGCAACAGGCUACUUCAUCCAAGACGUGAACUUCUUCUACCCGACACUCACUGCCACGCUGAUCGUUCUUCUGGAUCUUAUAUUGGUGGUGACUCUACUGCCAGAGAGAAAGAGACCUAAAAGAGCAAAGAGCAAAUGGAUUACACCUCUAGAAGGAUGUCGACGAGUCUUCGGAUUUUAUGUUUUGGAAGGUAGUAUACGGAAGCGAAUAUGCUUCGUAUUAGCUAUCUUGAUAUUCGUUUUUACAGCCUUGCCAGCCGUUGGGUCAUCUAAUAUUGACAUCCUUUUUAAACUGAACCUUCCAUUUUGCUGGACCCCAGAGAAAAUAGGUUACUACAGUACAAUCGGCUCUGUAGCACAACAGGUGAUCGGUGUUCCGUUGACGCGACUGUUACAGUGUUGCUGUAUCGAUGAGGUGAUCGGAGUGAUUGAUUUACUGGCGAUGGGAGCAGCAGAAGGCCUACAGUCAAUUGCAAGCACAGACUGGAUGAUGUAUGGGCUUGCCGGCAUCAAGAUCCCUGCUGCCACAAUGUUCCCAAUCGUCCGCUCCAUCAUGUCCCGGUUAGCUCCAGCUAACAAGCAAGGUUCUCUGUUCGCCAGUAUAGCGGUGGUGGAGACGAUGUGCUCGUUGGUGGGGACGUCUGUCUUCAGUGACAUCUACCAGUACACCGUGGUGGUAUGGAGAGGGAUGGUUUUCGCCGUCAUGGGAAGCAUACACGUCACCGGUGCCAUUGUUCUUGUGAUCUAUAUAUUCGUGUCCAAACCGAUCAGACAGAAGCGAGAUGUUCUGAAGGUUCAGCGCGAUGUUCAGCAGGAUCACCCUGAGGUUCCACAUGUUCAGCGCGUGGUUACGGUGCAUCAAGGGACGCAGACUGACGUAACCGUUGAUCCAGACAAGGACGUGCAUGCACAGUCGGCGGCAGGCCUGGAGGUGGCAGAGGUCACCCGUGCGGGCAUACACGUGCAUGUUCAGUCAGAGUUUGGCGAAGAGGAUGGAUUCUUUAUUACAAAGGACUAGAAAACUUCAUGACACCAACAAGACUCCUGACUGCGACAAGAGGGGAAAUGUUCCCAUUUUGACAUUGCGCUUCAAGGACAGACUGUACAGACAUACCCCACAGUGCUUUCAUUACAUGUUUGUUGUGGACAAUGUACAGGAACAAUUAUCACUCAUGUUUUAAAAAGUUACAUUUGUAAUGCAAUGGAUCAUAUGUUUGUUUUACAAAAAGGACCAAUUAUAAAUGCACGAGACAUUACAUUAUUAACGUAAACUACAUGACAAUAGGCCCUCUAUAUACUACAGUUAUAUUACACAACGUUGUCUACAGGGUUUUUUAAAAUUCUCUAAGUAAGUAUAUUUUUUAAAUUGCAACUGUACAGAUAUUUAGACUAUUUUUAAACAUACUGAUGAUCGCUUUUACAGUAAUGUGUGAUUAUGUAAUUUCAUAUGGUCACGAAGAACAGAGAGGAAGGGAAACUUACAGCAACAUAACACCUUCAAGCUGCUGGUUCAGUGGCUGUUCAAGUUCUCUCCAGAAACCAUUAAUAACGUCACAAUCAAUCCAACCAAUGAAUAUCCUUUUAACUUGAGGAUUUACAACACACAAAAAAACACCACCAUCGUUCAUUUUCCACAAAUACCUUUUUGUAUUAUAUAUCACACAUGAUCUUAUGCAUAAAUUUAUACUGACAUUAUGUUAAGUGUCUCUUGUACAGUUUCUACCUUAUAUUACGCUAACAAUUGUGUUAUUGCCUCGUUUCUGCAUGUACUUAUUUUAUUGUCACACUUAGUUCAAAUCAACUGUGCAGCAUUAAUUUCCUUUGGUAUAAUAAAGCCUCGUCCUAUU